CUUAGUUUGAGAACCAAUUUGCAAUGCAAUAUCUUUCGUCAACUUCCUCAACGAUGUAGUUCGGUUAACUAAGGAUCGAGAAGCGUGCAAAACACAUUAGCCGAUUAGAAGAAGGAAUAUGACAAGUUGGAUGGUAUGGAGUUUGUUGGUGGUGAUGUGCAGAGCGGCAGGGGGAGAGUCAGCUGAGGAUCAAGUGGUAGAGUUUGAGGACAGCAAUGAUACAGAUCCUUUUGUGGAUGACUUUGAGGAUAUUCCGUACAGGGGAAAUAUCCCGUCCUUCAUCUCGCCGCUUCACUACGGUAUAGUAUUAAAAGCGAACCUGAGAGAUUGGGUUUACUCCGGAAGGACGCACGUGCUUAUAAACAUCACUGAGCCGUGCGACCAAGUGCCUAUUCACUCUGCUGGAUUAAACAUCAGCGACGUUUUCAUGGCGACAUACGAGCCGGAGGGGCGAGGCAGGAGAGUUCCGAUCAUGCAAGUGGUAGAAGACAAAAACCAAGAACUAUUGCGGAUUUAUCCCCGUAGAAUUCUUUAUUCUGGAGUAUAUCAGCUGUUCAUUGAUUUCAAGAACGAGUUUGUUUCUGAUUUGUUUUGGGGGUUUUAUCAGAGCAGUUGGACGGAUGAAAAGGGCUGGAAGAACAAAAUGGUGACCACCCAGUUUUCACCUUACUGGGCUCGACACGCCUGGCCCUGCUACGAUGAACCUAAAUAUAAGGCAACGUUUAAGUUUUUCGUUGAUCACGAGUCACAGUACUAUGCCCUGAGCAACGGUGCUCAAGAGUCCAGAGAACCGAUACGGUCGGGCUGGGUGCGGACCACUUUCGAAAGGACCCCUGAAAUGAGCACCUACAUUACUGCCAUGAUUAUUACAAAUUACAGGGAUAUCAAGGGAACGACAAAAUCUGGAAUUCCUGUUAAACUGUACGGGAGUCAUGAAAAGCUACAGACCAGUCGGAGGAUGCUUGACACAACUAUAAAAACUAUAGACUUCCUUGAAGAAUACUUUGGGGUAGAGUACCCUAUGAGCAAAUUAGACGUGGUACCUGUACGGAGAUUUGGGGUGGCUGCUAUGGAAAACUGGGGUCUCAUAACAGCUCGGGAAGACAUUGCGAACUUUGACCCAACGGUUCACAGCGCACAGUGGGAACUCCAAGCAAGAGUCAUCAUGGCACAUGAGGUCGCUCAUAUGUGGUUCGGUGAUCUGGUUACACCGAAAUGGUGGGACAACAUCAUUCUCAAAGAGUCGACUGUCUCGUGGUUCAUGGUGUUUGCUGCUGAUGCAAUCUUCGACGAUUUUAACUUCAGUGACGAGUACAUGGUCACGUACGAACUAAUUAGAGGUAUGGAUAAAGACUCUAGCGUGAACUCUAGACCUGCCAUAGCGAACCCAGAAUCGCAGGACGAGAUAAUGAACUUGUUUGACGAGAUAACGUAUCAGCGAGGUGGUAAUCUGUUCAGGAUGAUCUACCACAUUAUGGGUCCUGCGCCCUUCAAAGCUGCCAUUCACAAUUACUUAUCAGAAAAUGCGUUCAACACUGCUCAAAUGACAGAUUUGACUCAGAAUUUGCAAGACGAAGCCCCAGAAUAUGAUUUAAAAUCCUUGAUAGAAAGAUACACAUUGCAAAAGAACUUCCCUGUGGUGCACGUAAAGAUGCUGAAUAGAACACACAUACUAGUGACACAGGAGAGGUUCCUCUUCACUAACAAAGAAGCAGUGGAUGACUCACCUUAUAACUAUACGUGGCAUAUCCCCUUUACUUACACCACCGACGCAGAGCGGGUCGACAAGGUACAAAUCCUCACGGAGAGGGAGAAUAUAGUGGAACUUUCCAAACCAGCGACCUGGAUCAAAGUCAACAACGACUUCAGAAUGUACUACAUAACUAACUACGAUUUAGUUGGCUGGAAGAAACUUUAUCACCAGCUAGUUGAAGACCACACGGUCUUCACCACAACAGAUAGGAUACAACUACUAUCUGACCUGCUAAACCUGGUGACAGCUGACAAGCUAGAUAUCACCUUCCCUCUGCAGUUCCUGACCUACAUGAAGAAGGAGACAGAGUUUGGGCCCUGGAAGCUGGCUACAGAGCAUUGGAACCACCUCAUUAACCGCAUGUCACCCGCAGAAAAGUUCGCCGCCAAGGUAAAGAUAUAUGCAAGAGAUUUAAUGGAUGAAGCAUUGAAGGAAGUGGUUAAAUUAAAUACCUCUUAUAAUAAACCAAUCAAAGAAAGGUUGCUACAGUUUGUUUUGGUCGACACGGGGAUGACAGUCGACCAUCCUGUUGCUCACGAAUUCAUCGAUAAGCUCGGGGAAUUGUCAAGAGAUGGGACAGCUCCAGGAAUACGAACCCUGGUGAGGACCGACCCACUGAGAAGAAAACGGUUCAACUUAAACUUGCUAGACAUCAACCUACAUUCGUACCAUUGGGAAGGUAGACACAACAAGGGCCCGCAGAAGCAACUCCUGUUUAAUAUAUCUGAUGAGGAGGUCACUGGACCGACACAGGAGAUGAUAACAAAGAGCUCUGGGAUAUUUCCUUUUAACGACACUACACCGCCUUAUCCCAACCCACAACCCCUUGACCCAGACUCUGGCUGGAUCCCGGAGGAGAAGAAUACGGAGGAAAGUAUAGACUCGGAGCCAGCUACAAAACCGGGACCAGCUACGGAUAUGAUCAGUUUUGAUUGGGACAAUAUGUCUGAUUUAACCUCCCCCUCUUUCCAAGACCCUCUAGAGAGAGAAAAGCGAUCUAGUAAUAAUAGAAGACACUCAUCAAGACGGAGAUCGCAACAACAUGCGACAUCAGGAGAAGGAACAGAACCAGGGAUAGUGUAUCUACAGAAGCUCCGGAGAGCAAAGACAGAUAAGAAGUAUUGGACUGAACUGCUUCAUACAUUACCCAGUAUGAAGAACCCUGAUGAUAUCAGAGACACGUAUUGGAUAUUGUGUGAUACUAACAAUGUAACGGCUUUGAAAGCUCUGUUAGAAAAUUCCCUCCAAGGAUCAGAAGACACCCAACAAGAAGCUCUAGACAUUAUCAGCAAAACCAAACCUGAGGUUGUCUGGAAGUUCUUCAAGAAAAACUACGAUAGGUACUACCAGCUGUAUGGAAAGUCGCAGUUUACUAUGGCGUACCUUAUACAAAUCGUGACCGAAAUGCUUAACACAAGUGACAUGAAAAAUGAUGUCAAGUCAUUCUUUAAGUCAAACGAUCCCGGCACCGGAGAACCUGGUAUGAUGGCAGGAUUAGAGCAGAUAGCAGAGAACAUUAGAUGGAAGAAGAAUCACAGACACAAAUGCAGAAACUUCUUCUUUACAUACGCCAGGAAACAUGCUAAGGGUAAAAAUUAAAGAAUUUUCGAAGAUUUGUGCUUUGCGAAUGUGAGCCCAUGGAUCUGGGCGCAAGUGGAAUUUAUGCAUUAUUUAUCAGAAGCAUAAUAAAUAUAAUGGAAAUGGAGGGAUUGUGACAUUUUUAAACUGUCGGUGAUAAAACAUUAUAAUAUACUUAAACAGCUAAAUUAUUUCAGAUUAGGUUUGAACUGAUUAAGAUUUACUUUACAAUAAAUGAAUAUAUUCAGUAAAACCCCGAUUGACCGCGCCCCAAUUUGCCGCAAACCCCAAUUUACCGCGGGUGUUUCCUUUCCUCAAACUUUGCGGUAAAUCGGGGUUUUAUUAAUAUUGUAUUUGCGAAAUUUAAUUAUCUUGAUGAUACAUCAUUAUAUCAAUUAUUGCAAUUACUAUUGUACAUAACAGUAGUUUUAAUUUAUACACCAAUUUGUACUGUUACUGUUACAUGUUAGCCUAUUCAAAGUGGCCGCGAGCAUUUGGUUUUAGGGUUUUAUAAUAUUUGUUGCCUUUUUUAGGGGUUACUUUUAUAUUCAAAUUGAUUUUUAUUCAGAUUUUACCCUCCACAUUUGAUCCUUACAGUGAUUAACAGGGUCGAUUACUGGGAGUGGAUAUAUAAGGAUGAUGAUUUAUCACUCU